AUGGACGCUAUCAAGGCUUUCCUGCCUUCGGGCGAGAAGGGUUUCCUCCCGUACUACCUCUUCUUCGUCUCCAUCGUAGCCAUGGGCAACGCCCUCCAAAACUAUACCACACUCCACUACACGCGCCGCCUCUACAACGGCCGCUUCGUACCCAACACCUCCCUGCCGCCCGCGAAGGGCAAGUUCAGCCCGGAGGACAGCGUCGAUGUGCUGAAGCCCGUCUCGCCAUCUGAGGCGGAGAAGAAGGAGGCUGCUGCUAAGGACCAGGUCACGCCGCUGGCGGCCCGCGUCUUCGGCACUUACACCUUCAUGGCCGGCAUCAUCCGCUUCUACGCGAGCUACAACCUCGAGAACGAGUCGCUGUACAAGCUCGGUAUCUGGACCCAUGUCAUUGCCGCUGUGCACUUUACGAGCGAGUUCUUUGUUUACAAGACGCUCCGUUUCAGCGGACCCCAGAUCUUCCCCUUCAUGGCGGCGUAUGGCGGUACUCUGUGGAUGGUGUUGCAGUAUGGUCACUACGUCCAGUAA